GUGGACCUCGAAGAAGGAAACCAACCUCGUUUCCACGAGCUUCUACUCGUUGAUCCCUUUCCCUAGCGGAGUUCGCUUUUUCGUUUAUUGAUCUUGCCCCGAGAUCGGGCUCCCGUUGUUCCGGCCGCGAUAUUUGCUUAGCGAUUCGGUCGAAUCGUUUCAGAAACGAGGCUCCUUUCUUGGAACGCGUGGGUGUAUUAAACGAGCAUGGGGAAACGAAGCGGAAAGAGGGACCGGGAAAGACGAGAUCGAGAGCUUAGCCGAUCCCGUUGGAAAAAUCUCGGCACCAACCGCGAUUUCACGCGUGAUUAUUUAUAACCGGCUGCUUGUAAACACGCGUGCUUUGGCGUCCGCCGCGAACCACCAAUUUCUUCGCGUCGACAGUUCCGAUGGACCAACGGCGAACGUUGCAAGGUUCUUGCCAGACGUCUAUUUCAAUGUCUCCUCGCGCAACGUCGUGCUGGACUUGCUCCGCUUUAGUUACUCGUGACAUCAUAUCUGAGUUUUUAGGAAAUUUCUAGAAGGUAGUUGGCUUUGGAUUGUAGUUUCAUAUGUUCCGGUCUUCGUUCGGUUUGUGCUAGUUUCGUUGAAAGUGGAUGUUGUGCCGUGAAGUUGGGAAAUAAGUUGUCCUUUUGAAUUGAAUGACAUCGUGAUUCUAUAUUGGAACAUAGCAUGUACCGUGGAUCGAUACUAUAGUUAUACUGCAUUAACGUUAUGUAGGACGUAACGCAACGUGUGAUCACACGGAGCGCAAACUGUGUCAUUACGUUUAUCCGAGUUUUAAGCGACUGAAACUUUUUUACACGGUUAUUUCUUAAAGUUAAUUCUAAUUACGAUAAAAUAUUCACGUCAAUAUCGCUGUAAAAUUUAAAAAUAGUUAUAAUAAAGUCCCUACGGUACUUGAAUAUAUUUAACUAUAUCUAAAAAUUCAGUUUCCAAAAUAUUACUUUCGUACGAAUGUACGUAACAAAUUAAAGGGUCUUCGUUGAAACGUUCAUCUGAGUGUUAAAAAUUGUACAACCAUCGUUAGAAGUUCGCGGCAGACUACAUUCAUUCACUUUUUCUGUCAUGGUUUCCUCUUAGAAGCUACGAAAAACUAUUCUCCUAUAGCUUCACACAGACGUGUUUCCUGUUUCUCAAGAGGGAACAAGCAGCUCUCCACAGUCUUAACGCUCGUUCUUCGUGUAAGGAGAACUCGCGAGCUGAUUCGUGAAUAAUAAAUGCAAACAUAACGAAACAGAGGAUAGUGAAUACGAUAUGAAGCGGUUUCGGAAACAUCCCAAAGUCAGACUCCCUCGAUUCUGACAAGCUGCCAAGCAUCUGAGGUCGGCUGUUACAUAAGCGACGUAACGCGCGUCCGUUCGAUUCGCCAUCGAACAAUAAUUCUCGAUCGCGUUUCAUGCGCGCCGGAUAUCAUGCUGGUUGCGUCUGCGAGCAACUGGAGUAACUUGCAGAUCGAAACGUGGAUCGGUGAACAAGCAAACGUGAACGAAUGUGGAACGAUGUUUGAUCGUACGAUUUUUGAUAUAUCGAUCGUCUGAUUAACCGGAAUGGUAGUAAAGUAAACAAAUGAUCCAGUGUUUUCUACGUGACGAACGUAUUUUCGUCUUCAAUCAACAUUUCAUUUCUCGAAGAUCGAAACGGAAGAUUAAUUUUUAAAGGAUAUUUAACGAGAGAAAUAUAUAUAUAUAUAUAUAUAUAUAUAUAUAUAUGUAUGCAUAUUAAAAUAAUAUAAAUAAAUGUGAAAGUUUAAUUUUAAAUUUGAAAUAAAAAGAGGAAGCCAUAAGGUGGAGAAAUUUAAUUACUAAAUAAUUUUCAGAUAAAAAUGGGAAUACCGUAAGGUGCAGAGAUGAUAUCCAAUGUUUAAUUCUGAUACAAUUUUUAAAUAAAAACAAGUAUAUUUUAUGGUGAAAAGCAAAGUGAGAUUCAAGCAGAGGUUUAAUAUGAAAACGGUUAUUAAUUAGAAGGUAAAACUCAGUUAAGUGACGGUUAGAGUGAGAUUGAAAUUGAAAUUUAAUUCAUAAAUAAUUUUCAAAUAAAAUGAGAGAUAUUAUAUGUACGAAGAGCGAAAAAUAUAGCAAGAUGUAGGACGAUGCGAAUACAUCAAUGAAUAUUGGUAUAUAUUUCUCGAGGAUCUAGAAGCUGUAUUGGGUGUGUUUCAAGUAUUCGUUUGGAAGAACUAGCAACAAUUUUGAAGUUUGUGGCUGCAACGGUACUCGAUCAAAAUAACUGUAUUUCAUUUUGAAAAUAUUUCUCUAUACGUACAAAUAUUUGCGUGUUAUGGCGAAGAAAUAUUCAUACAUACAUCGAUAACUGUCUAAAUGAACAUUUGAAUAUUGAUAUUCAGCUUCGAGUUGUGGAAAUACAAAUCUUGGCUCUGUUACGCGUAUAUUCCAAUCGAAAUCAAUGAUCGAGUAUAAUACGAAAAAGAAUUUUCGCCAGUAUAAAUGUUUGCUAAUUUUCGCCCACUGUCGAGCUUGGUAUUCCUGUAAAUAUUCUUCAUGGAAGAAAAAAGAGCAUACUGAUACUUCCACGAGGUGACAAGCUUUUAUUCUCUAAUUUACAAAAAACGAGAACAAGUUAUAUUAAAAUUCUGAUAUAAAUCAAUGCGUACAGUAACUAAAGAUUUCACGUAAACUUGGUUUCAAAAUAGAAAUAGAUCAUUUAAAAUUGGCUAUAAAGUAAAAAUAGAAAGCAAAGGAAGCCCCCAGGAAGAAAAAGUCACUGCAUUUGACUAUAAAAAGAAGCCCUCUACAAAGUGAAAAUCAUCUAAAUGUAGCCAUAAAACGAAAAUAAGAUUGGCAAAUUAAAAAUCUUUUAAAUUUAACUGCGAAAUAAAAAAAUUAAGGAAGCUCCUUACAAAGUAAAAAUCAAACGACAAAAAUCACGUUAAUAAAUCGUAUAAUCAAGAGAGUCGAGCGACAAAAAUCGCGUUAAUCGAUUACACGAUCAAAAGAAUCGAUCGAUAGGCAUCACGUUAAUCCAUCAUACGAUCGAUAGGAGGCAAACUAAUUGAAAUUUCCCGUAUAUGGUUAAAAAUAUCGAAACAUCAUCCUGUGAGCUAAAAGUCAACUGGGUCCAAACAUCGAGGUGAUCGUUUCGCUGAAAUCGUUAAGGGGGACGAAAAGUUUACGGUGGCCCUCGAGCUGCGGAGGUGAUCGAACCCGGUGAGGCGCAAGAACGAAAACUGCCUCGGCUUGUGCACGAGAGCGCGAGAACCGGAAACAUGAAGAACGCUCACCCGAUUAUAACAGCCACGUCGUCGUCGAGCCUGGUCAAUCCGGAUUCUUCGUCUUCCAAUGAACCUACGGAACCGAUCAUCAGAUUGAAGCUGGACAAGCCGCUCCACUGGGAGUGGGAGCUGACCACGUCCGCGGACAAGCUUCCUGUCAUCCAGCUGUUGGACAAGGAUGGCCGUCUCCUGGUCGAGACGACUGGACGAACAGCGCAGCGGGCCAGAGGCUCUUUUCGUGAGGGUCUCAGCUCGCACGAGGAGUUUCCAAGCAGCAGAUCCACAAGCGAGAAACCUUCCACCGUUCCUUCGUCCUUUUCAUCUUCCUCCACGUCUUCGACGAUUGCGCUUCCUGCUCAAGGGAACAGGAACGUGGACGGAUUCAGUACGAAGUUUGGGUCUGUUCAAUUUGGCUACAAACCGCGGAAAUCAAAAAGCGAGGUCACGGUGAAGGAGAAGGAGAGGAAAAAGAAGAGUAGACAUUCUGGUGGUUGCGAGAGCGCGUCGAAAGAGAGCGACGAGAAGACAAAUUCGAAAAGGUAUUCCAUAGGAGAUUAUCUAAGACAGCAAAUUAUAGACGACUUAAGAAAUAAGAAUACCGUGGGAAAGAGUGCCGAGGAGAUCGCCAAGGAGAGGUGUAAGAAGGUGAAGGCUUAUCUGAGGAGUCAGAGCGAGACUCUGCCAAGAUUGGUGCACGUGGAGGAAGAAGAAUCUAACGAGGACCCACGAUUAAAAAUUAAUGAGAACGACGAUGAGAUUCUUAGUCAGAGGAUCAAAGACGGUUUGACCCGUCUCAGAGAAGCAAUUAGGGAGGAAGAUGUGAGAAGCAAAAGAGGACGCAAUGAUGAGAAUAAUUUCGUGGACAACGAAUCGCACGAAGCUUCUGACGAGACUUUGAAACCGGAAGACACCAACGUUAGCAGGAAGAUUAAGAACGAAGAGCUAGAAAGGGUGAGAUCGUUUCUGAGAAGGAAGAUUCAACAGAGGAUGGAACUGGAACAGUCGAGGAGUUCGAGUCGGAGCAACACGCGUCCUGGCGUUGGAAUUCAAAAGAGGUACUCGGAUUACAGGCAGCCGGAGGAUCCACGAGGUUAUCGUACCCGAAAGGUGCGCAGCGAGACGAGCGUCAUCAGGUUCGAUCCUGAGAUUCUUCAGAAGGACAGGCAGAAAGUGGGCAGCAGCAGGCAGAUCGAGAGGGAGAGAUCGUUGAGGGCCGACAGGUCGCGUUCCAAAGAUACGUUCGGGCAAAAAGCGUACCGUCGUUCCAGGAGCGAGACGAUCCUCGAGGCCGCGGAAACGACUGGCACGAAUCGUCGACAAAGUUCCCAAACGAGGGAGCCCGCGGAGAAACGGAAGCUCUACCGAAAAACGAAGAGCGACGUGUUGCUGGGCCAGAUGGGAGCCAGCCUGGACUCGGAGCAGGAGAAUCCUCCGAGGCGUGUCAGGUGCCAGGACACCGUCGAAGAGUCCUGGCGCCAGUACAAGGAGAGAAAGAAGCACGAGAGACAGCAUCGCGAAUCAGACGCCAGAGAAGUCAAAGAGGAAGACUUUAUGAGUAAACCGAGAUGGAAAGAUCUUCAGACGGAUCUGUGUUCUUUUAAGAAUUGCAAAAUCUGCCAGAACUUGCAGAAUUGCGUGAAUCCAUUACUGAAACAAGGAAACAGUCCCGAGAAUCAAAGAACUUCGGAUGAUGGUCGGGUUAAAUUGGGCGAUUCGUUCACUGUGAUUUCUAACGACGCUUCUAACGACUCCGUCAACGAUAGGCCAAGUACCAGUUUACAGGAAAAUUAUCUGGUUGUUGAUAAGAAGCCCGACACGUCCAGGAAUCAUAUAUUAGCGAAGGUCCAAGCGAAGAAUCAUGAAACUAAUUCAUCUAUCGUGAAUUCUCCGGAUUGUGGUUACAGCACAAUUCCCAAGAAGGCUUUCAAUGACUAUAAGGAUGACUAUAAGUUAUACACGCGAUCGAAUGUGAAGAAAAGCGACACAUUCAAGAUCGUGGAUGGUAGCGAGGAAUUGCCAUCUUUGGGGGAAUGCGUGGAGCGAAAUGAUUCGAAAGGAAAUCUCGAUGAACAAUCUGCCGAUAAUACUGACUGUUCGAAUAGUGGAGGCGUGUUAACGAACAAAUCGAACGAGGACAUUGCUAGAGAUUACUUUAAGAGAGUGUACGAGCUGCUGAAAAAGAGGCAGGAGGAGGCGAAGAAGAUCGCGGAGAAACAGGAAGCGGCAGGUUGCGACGAUUCUUCGUCAUCUAAUUAUAAGGAGAAAGUGCAAAAGAGGAGACUGCGGCGGAAGAAAAAGGAACGGGGCACGCAAGGCGAGGAAGUCGUAACCGUGCCUCCGGCGAGCGGAGGUCAGGACAGUUGGAAAGUGCAAAGGCUUUCGUUGAGCGGCGAAUCGCCCAACAACCGUCGUAAAGGCUGUCGUCCUCAACUGCAGCCAGGCAGCAAGCGUACACGGCCGGCGCCCGCUACACCGGCGUUAUCCUGCAAGGCCAAUGCCAAGGACAUCGACGAGUACCUCGACUGGCCGAACAAGGAGAACACGCCCGGAAAUGCCGUGAACGUUGCCGAGGGGACGACAGAGGCACAGAUCGAGAACGACAGUCCCAACAUGGGGUCGAAUUUGAGUCGACACAAUGGAAAGGGCCUCACCGGCCGUAGAACGCAGUCGUCGGGAAAUUUGUGCGAUCCCAAAGGGAAAUUGAACAGUAUGGGCAAGAUACUAAUGCCGUGUUCGAGCGCACAGAGAGAGAGAUAUAAAUUCUGUGGCUCGUUACCCAAUCAUCUAGAUGACAAGGACGUGCUGGACGACGAUCCGAAGGAAAAUAAUAACGUAAUGACGGAUACUAUCACCGGGAAUCUUGGUGGAACUCUGCCACACAAGAAACGAUCGUUGGGCGUACAUUUUUCAGACGGUGGACCAACUGGAACUCUGGAUCUCGUGAAACAUCGAUCGCAAGACUCUCUCGAUGAAAAUGAUCCUUGGAGGUAUCAGCAGAGUGACCUUGACCUGGUGAGGUGUCGCCACGGAAAUUUCGACUCCGUGAGAAGAAAUCGUAGCGUCGACACGGUAUCUAGAGAUUCGACAAGAAGGUACACUCGGGACACGUCCCUGGAGGACAGAUGUCACCGAAAUUCGGAUCUCGACUUGGUGGGCACGCUGCCGAAACGGAAGCAGGAAAGUAGAAACGGUGGAAAGGCGUCAGACACCAACUCUUCGACCUCGCAGCCGCGCAUCCCUGACGCCACAGAUAACGAUCUACUGAUGCAGAUCGUGCAUAAGCCUGAUUGCGAGUUGGUCAGGCAUCGACAACAGUUUAGCAAGUGCAUCGAUUUGAAGUUGAGCAAACUGGCUGGCGGGGAACCGCAGGAUCAAGGUUACGCGUCCGAACGGUCACCCGAGGACGAACAUCCGCCCUCGUUGCCUGGACAGCCUUUCCCUAAUAUAACGCCUGAGAGUACGUUCCGAGUGACGUUGCAGAAAAGCAGCAGAGGACUUGGCUUGAGCGUUUCCGGUGGUGGGACUGCCGGCCCUGUUAGGGUAAAAAGACUAUUUCCUCAACAACCGGCAGCCUUAUCCAACAAACUUCAACCUGGCGAUAUACUUCUGGCUGCCAAUGGAAUUCCUUUAACCGGCCUCACUAACUAUGAGGCCCUCGAAGUUCUACGAACGACACCCAAUACCGUCGAGUUGGUGGUGUGUCGACUUCCGGGUGAUACGAGUGUCACACCACCGGGUGCACCGCCGCCACCCCCGGCAAGGCGCGAGCCACCACCACCAUUGCGAAUACUCAACCCCCUGCCACCUCUUCAAAUCGAACCCUGCGGCGAAUUCGACAUAGAAAUGACAAAGGUCGGUGGAAGUCUGGGUUUCACUCUGAGGAAGGCAGACAGCAGCGCUCUGGGUCAUUACGUGAGGGCAUUAGUGCGGGAGCCGGCGUUAAGCGACGGCAGAAUUCGACCUGGAGACAAAAUAGUCGCCGUGGACGGUGCACCGUUGUCUCCCAUGAGCCACGAAGAGGCCGUCCAAUUGCUGCGACAAUGUGGCCCGACUGUGAGACUUCGAUUGUACAGAGAUCUCGCGCAAACUCCUGUCUCCGCGCUUUCUCCGACCGAACCUGAUCAUCCACUCCGUCCACCGCGAACCAGUUUGAGACAGGAAGCCGUAGACAUGCUGUGUGAUCUAGCAGUUCGGAAGUUAUCACCAGGUACAUCAAGUGGGUCGAGUUGCAAGCAAUCAUCUGGAGCAUCUUGCAACUCUCCAAGAAGACUUCGUCGUCUUGCCACGCGUACGCCUACUGCCGAUAAUGAUCAAGAAACUCUGGAGAAGCAUCCGAGCGUGUACACGACAUCGACGGCCAGCCAGGCAGAGACAUCCGAUUCCGACCAGUGCUCGAUCAGGACGCAGAUAACGAAUUCCCAGCCAAACACACCUGGAACUGACAUAAUCGAUCCGCCACCGUUGUACGACGUUUGCGAUUCCAGCGAUUCCUCCAAGACACCGGCGCGCCCGAGUUUCCUCGAUCUGUCCGCGCCUCAAGGGAAGCCACAUUUUCAGUUUUGCAACUUGGACUCGGAUCUCGAUUAUCCUGGCGGCGUGGACGCGAUCAUCGUGGAGGAUGAACUUGGAAACAAGGCAACCGAGACCGAUUACGAGCGUCUCGAACCGAACGUAUUGUCCAGCAACGAACACGACAGCGAUUUGCCCUCGGAGCCAGCUUCGAUGCCACCGUUGCUCUCCUCGACGAGCAGUUCGAGCGCCGCAGCGUUCAGCUACAAAAACCCAGCUUAUCAGAGCGCCAAUCCUGCCUGUGGCGCCGGCAUUGACACCGUGGCGAAAAACAAGGCUACACACUCCAGUGAUCAGGAUAUACCAGGGAAAAUCUUGGGAGCAGAAGAUCCCGAUGGCAGCAAGGGUUUGUUGAAGUGGAAAGGCGUGAUGUUCGCUCCAGAUAAUGGAGUACAUAAAACUGAAAACAAAGAGGAGAAGCCCACGAACGCACCUGCCCGUAUUAAAAAUGUUGAGCAAGGAAGUGAGGUGUUCAUGGUAGAGCUGACACGUGGUUGGAAUAGUCGACUGGGUUUCAGCUUGCAAUCGGAAGGAAACCGUACAGUUAUAUCAGUGGUGCACCCUGACAGUGUUGCAGCUAAGGAUGGUAGACUAAAACAAGGAGAUGUACUUAUGAUGGUGAAUGACGAGAGCGUGGAACACAUGACAACAGCUGAUAUAAUAGAUCUGUUGCGCAAAAUAAGGGGCUCCAUUGGUAUCACGGUGAUGAGACGAAACAAACGAGAAAACUCAACGUGACGCUAAUCAGAUGCAUAGCCGAAAAACCUGAUAUUUAAAAGCUAGAAGAAAAAGAAGAAACUUUCAUGUCCAUCACGACGCAUCUUUUAUUUUUCAUUUUCAAAAGAAACAUUCAACUUACGAACGAAAUAUCAUGACAAAGGCCAAUUCCUCCGACUUUGUUUCAAUAUGAAUGUUAUUCGUUCAUUAAAAGACAAUUCAUUCGUUAAUGUUUAUAACUGUAAAUGGAGUCGACGUGCGUUGGUCGAGUGCAAUAUAUAAAUUUCGCUGUGAAUAAAAUUGUAAAUAUAAUACACGAAAAUCGAAGCCUUAGAUGAAACUACAUUUUCAGACGUAAGACAGUCCACGCGAUUAGUGCGAAUUGCAUUCGUAGCAACGCUCCAUCAGACACUUAAAUCUAAUUAGCGUAUAUUACAGAAAAUGUAUUGUUAACGUAGAUCAGAAUAAUAAUAAGAUAUCCAGUGUGGUUUAUCCUUCGAAACGAACAUCCUUAGAGUUCAUUUAACGUAAUAAGACUGCUUUGAGAGUUUUAGAAUGUGGCGAAGGUAAAGGAGAAGUAAAAUGUUUGCCAUAUAGAUAUUUAUUUGAAAAAUACAAAGAUAUAGUAGGACUCUUUAUUUUUCCGUAAUCCUUUAAAAACUAGAUACAGUGUUUGAAUAUAUACAAUUGGCCAUCUCUGUUGUACAAGCAGGAUAAUAUUUUUGUAAAGCUUUUGCUCUGGACGAAUACGUCUCUGUCCUUCAGAGGAUUUGAAACCAUAAAAAAGUUCUAUGUAUUAUCGUAAAAACUUUAUAUAUUUAUACAUCUUAUAUGAAUAUCGCAGGGAGACUAUUUAAAAUAUUUCAAACUUUAAUGAAAGAUGUUCUAAUGUCGUGGAAAAACACUUUUGUUGAAAAUUAACUGUAAUAGAAACUAUGCCAAUUGGCUUAAAUUUUAUAAGGAAAGAUUCUCGUUGCUACGUUUAUCAAUCUCUUAGAUAAAAUAAAUACACGUUUCUACAAGCUUGUUUACGGUGAAAAGCCUUUAAAUAUUAUAAUAUUGUUAAACGGUUAAAACCGAAAUUCGGAGGUCCUGUUAUUCGGAUUUUUUAGCGUGUUAGUUAAAAAUUUCAAUGGGGCGAUUAAAAUGCACGGUUUCGAAUCCUACAUUCAUUAAAAGUUAACAGAUUCGUCGACACGAUAUAAUUGCUUCUUGACGAUCCGACGAUUGUCCGCUGUAAUUAAACGAGAAUUUUCUUAAAUUCUAAGAAAAUGUGAUUCAUCGUGAUAAUCUUUUGAAGAAAACAAUAAAUAUGUUAAUAAGAAGAAAUUCUAUAAUAAAUAUUCUAAUUAGUAGUAAAAUAUUCCUUUAAUCGUGUAUACAAUUUCUUCGAUUAAUGUGCAUAAAACGCGCUUCUGUGCAGUGUCUGUAAAAAACGGUCAGAAUUCCUCGGAACUUGAAUGAAAGCAAUCAUUUCAAACGUAAUAGAGGGAAGAAACAAAUCAAACUGGGUAAUCAAAGAGUCAAUCAAACCAUCAUGAAAAAUAUAUGACGAUACAUAUAAAGAAAGUAAGUUGUUCAUCGCGUCGCUGAACCAUCGCACCCAUGUAAAUAACUGUAACAUAGUUUUAUCUUACGUUCUCAAAGUUUAAAAACGACAAGAUGCAACUCCAACAUUUCUAACAUAUCGUUGCAGAUUAGACCGCAUACCUGCACGUGCUUGCAAAGCGCAACAUGAGAGAUGCUUGCAGUGACAAAAUACACUCGCAACUAACAUAUCACAUUUUCUUUCGAAUAACGUGUGCCCAAUAAAUAAUUUCCUGUACAUAUAAUGUUAUAAAUAUUACACGCAUAUAAUGUAAAUAAAAUGGAUAUAUUAUUUGGAAGAAAGUGUGACAUUUAUUGUGCAAAUGUUAGGCUGCAACAACGUUGUUAACUAAUGUUUCUCAAUGAAACGAUACUAUCUAUAAGUGUGUAUUAACUAAUGAUAAAAGGAAACUGUAUGGAAUACAA